AUGUACUCGUCGGUGUUCAAGAGCGCCUGCCCUAAAUCGUACAGCUACGCCUACGAUGACGCCACAAGUACCUUCACUUGUUCCGCAGCCGAUUACACCGUCGCAUUUUGCCCCACCCUCCCCAGUCUGAAGUCGUCAAGAGAUUUGCCACCACCACCGCCAAAGGGUUCGACAGCAACAACAUGGGGAGGAGGAGGCCUGGUAGGGUUCUGGUACUUUUGCGGCGUUGGUCUCGGUUUCGGAGGGUUUAUCCGAGCGGGAACGGCAGCAACCAUCGCCGUUUGUGGCCAAGAAUGCGGCGGCGGAGAACAGGAGAGAGAAUUCAUCGUUGGUUUUUAAUUUUAAUAAUU